AUGUUGGCCACGCUCUUCCUUCUCGCCGCCACCAUAGCGACACCCGCAAUCGCAGGCAUCCAGCAAUCCGACUUCAGCGGCAUCGGCAACAUCUACGUGCUCAAAUCAGAUAACUGGCAGACGGCCACCCCCAAAGCCACAGUUGGCUGCCUCGACAACAACGGCAAAUUCAUCUCAGAAAAGAGCCCCUCCAACAAAUGCGGCGUCUUCUCCCGUCUAGACGAUUUCCCCUACACGCUCAGUACCUCAAAGGGAAACUGCACCUUCGAAGACGACAAGCAGGACAAGAAUACGGAUAGUUACUACGGGAAGACGGAUUCGGCGUGGAGUUGUGGUGAGCGUGUCGCAGACAUUUAUGACCAACUAUAUACCAUCAACGGCUUCCCAUACGUCUUCCUUUGCUUCGGCGACGUAGCAUGUUUCUACGACGCCAAACACACACCUAGCUCCAAUGAGGUACUCCCAUUCUGGCAGUACCGCUGGGGCUCCCAACAGAUGGGUAUCACGCCCGGCCACGUGCAGUUGCAGCUCAUGUGGAAGAAGAUUGAUGACUUACCGGGACGCUCCGAGGCAAGCGAGUUUCUAGGGCCUAGGGUAAGGGUUGAGGAGGGGUCGCAGAUCCCGUUGUUGGGAAAGAAGGCUAGGGUUUGA